CAAAAUUACGAUGAUGACGAUGGUGAUGGUGAUGAUGGUGAUAAUGAUGAUGGUGAUGAUGACGAUGGUGAUGAUGACAAUAAAGAAGAAGAUUAUGAAGAAGAUGAUGACGAUGACGAUAAGGAUAAUGGUGACGAUCACGGUGACAAUAACCAAGCCAUGAACGAUAAUGACGAUGACAAUAAUGAUGCGGACUACGAGGACACUACAGCGAAAAUGGCAACAGUGGGGACGACGGCGGCCACAGGGGUGACCACGGUCACAGCGACAUCAGCAUGCUGAACAUAGUAAGCAAAGAGGUCUUGUAGGAAAAGAGUAGAACCGCCAUGAAAGGACCUUCGACAAGAAGCGACAACACGAAGGCACAUGCGUAGGUCAACGCCAGGACACUAAUAUAGAAUACAGACUGAAACACAAAAAUAUCAUAUACAAAUGUGAAAUGCUUCAGGAUGUCAAAUUAUCUCACCAUUUUGACAUUAUGCGUACACGACUACAAGAGGAGUAGUCUGAAUACAGUAUUCGUCCGAAUAAAUAUUUGUGUUUCUAAAUAA